AGUGGUUGCACCACUCCCCCAAUCUUCCGUUGAAUGCGUGGAAAUGAGGCUAUACACACAGGAAGAAACAUGGCUACCAAGAAACCGAACUGCCUGAUUGUGUGCAGCGGUGCUCAACAAGGUGUUUCAGCUCAGUCAUUUAUUCACUCGUUUACACUCACCCAUUCUGCUUUCAAUGUUUUCAUUGUUACACCAGAGGGAAAACAAAUUGAGUUCAGCAAAAUUGAUGAUAACAGUAGAAGAUGGCUGAAUGAGUUUCGAGCUAAACCAUUCAGUGUGCCUGGAAAGUUAGAAGAUGUGGAAUCGAUCCGAUAUUCAGCACUUCUGAUACCAAGUGGACUAGGAUGCUGCUACGAUUUAGCCAAUCACAAAGAUUUAGGAAAAAUAUUAACCGAAUUUAUUGAAGACAAAAAGCCGAUUUGUGCUGUUGGCCAUGGAACAAGUGGCUUAUUUGCAGCAACUUCAAAUUCAGGCCAGUAUUGGAAUUUCAAAGAUUACUCUCUGACGGCGCCAUCAUUGUUCGAGGUUUGUCAGUUACCAGAAUUUGCCCAUUUGCCCGUAAUUGCCGAAGACCUUAUCAAAGAGCGCGGGGCUACAUACAGCAGCAGCCAAAAUGACUGUGUUCACGUGGUCAUUGACCGUCAUGUGAUCACUGGACAGAAUGAUAACUCAACGUUAUCUGCAGUACAAAAUCUUAUACUUCUUUGUAAUGCAAGACAAGGAAGACAGAAAGCAAGUAACUGAGAAUCGACCUUCGUUAUUAUUGCAAAACUGCAAUAACAUUGGUUCUUCGAGGAGGCAAAAGAAAUGAAGAUUACUGUUAAUUAUCCUACGGUACGUCUUCUUGUGAAAUAUAAACUGAAAUUAUGUGGAUAAAUCACUUGAAGCAGUGUAGUAUUAUUUCAACCUAUUAAAAUAUAUGUACUUUAGCGUCGUUGGAGAUGUUCUCAGUUCCCUGUGCUGAUCAAAUUCAUAGAAUGAAAGACCUUAUUAUUGUCCAGACAAGAAGAUUAUUGUCUAGAAGCUUAAAUUUUGUUGUGAUUAAAGAAUGUAAUGUAUAUAGUUUUCAUCUUAAAUGUUUUUGAGCAGGCUUAGAAGCUAUACUUUGCCCAAAAAGUUAUUUGCAAUUUUUUAUCUUUGUCGAUGUAUAA